AAGGCGUCAAAGAAGAAGGAACGAACGCGUGUUUUCACUGGGAGAGGAAUCAUUUGCAUAAUCAUCUGAAAUGGCUCGUGAUAGAACCCAGGUAUGGAUCUGGCUGGCGGUGCUCGGCGUGUUCAUUCAGUCCUCACAGUGCCUGGGUUGGGGGUCGUCCUCGUGCUCUCUCAAGCAGGACGACCUCAGGAAGCUGGAGGCACUCUGCACUAAGACAGCCGAAGUGGUGAACGCAUCAGUGGCUAAUCUUGAGCAGAAACUAGAGCGAGUUCUCACGUUCGUCGAGGAAAUGAAAAAGCACGAAAACGCCUGGAUCGAGGAAUCCAGCACGUCGAAUGGUUCAAAAGGGACGGUCGAGAGAGACGUUUCGACACAGGAAGCCGUCCUUGUGCCUUCGGUGCUGACGAACACACCGACGCAGGUGGAGUCUGCUGACGUCCAGGGGCAGGAGAGUCAGAACAGCAGCUACAGGAACAUCCAGACCACUCGCUUUGAGGACGACGACGAUGAAGAUAGUGAUAAUGGUGACGAGGAAGAAGAAGAUGAUCAGGAGGUUAAGAAAGAAACCCUUCUUUUCAACAUUCCGUCUUCCACUUCCCCCACAGGAGAAUGCGAAGUUCAGGUCAUCGACAACCACGAAACUAUCGGCAUGUUCUAUAUGACCUCCUUCCGCCACGGCCACUGCGCCAACAGACACCCGGUAACUUCGCCCAUUCGCCACUGCCUCGGCUACUGCGCCACCAGGACCUACAUUGAACGGGAAGCAGGAAUCUGGAGCCAAGGCAACCGCUGCAGCAGCUGUCAGGUGGACAAGCUGGAAACCCUCAAAAUCCCUCUCGCUUGUGACGACGGCUUCACCUUCGAGAAAGCCUUCGAAAACGUCGUCAGUUGUCGCUGCCAGGCCUGCAAGCCCGUGAAGGAGUAGAAGGACGGCUGUUCAUUUACGUGGACGAAUUUCUUCUCAUUUCGGUGUGUAGUGAGAGACACGUGUAUAUGUUUGUUUAUUAUAUAUAUAUAUGUAAGAGGAACGAGGGAGGGGAGGGGAAGGGAGGAUAUAUAUAAAGCGUAUUUGUAAACUGGGAUUUGAAUGGUUUAAUUACAAAGAGAGAGAAAGAAUGCUUGAGAAAAGUAUAAACAUAUUUGAGAAAAAUGAUCUUACGGUUUAUUGAUCGAUGUUAUUUUUGUUUCCUCUCGUUUUUUUUUUUUUUUUUUUUUUUUGGCGUGAGUUUUGAGAGACUAAUAAUUUAAGAUUGGAGUAGAUCGUGAUUAUAAACAAUUCCACUUUC